CGGUAACCAAAAUCAACUACACGUCCCAGAAGCCUUUGCUCCGCGGCGGCGCCGGGAUCGCGGAUGGCUUGGACGGCGUAGGCAGCCGCGGGCCAUGGCUUUCGCGGCUGGUUCUCUGCUGGGCCUCGCAGGAAGGUCCGUGACGCAGCUGGGUGGCAGGUGGCUCCAGCCCCGGCUGUGGCUGAGGCUUCCCGCCCCGCUGCAGGCUCGGGGCAAGGCGCGCGGGAACGAAUACCAGCCGAGCAACAUCAAGCGAAAGCGCAAGCAUGGCUGGGUCCGGCGGCUGAGCACCCCGGCCGGCGUCCAGGUCGUGCUGCGCCGCAUGCUCAAGGGGCGCGCGUCGCUGACUCACUGAGGACCGCGACCCCCGAACCUCGGCAGUGUGCGAGCGUGGACAGGAGUGCACCCAGAUUACGAGGCUGGCCUGAGGGUUUUGGGAGGACUGGAAAUGGGGGUGUGGCAGCCAUGCUUGGCCAGGCCCCCCUGAUGCGUUUGCACAUUGGAGGCUUCCGCACCCAAGCAGCCGUCUACGGAAGCGAACUGUGCGCUCUGUGUCUCCCACGCAGCGUGACCGCCGGCCAUCCGCGGCCCUCUGCCUCCCCCGAGUUACUCAGACGCUGAUCUCAGGCAUUGGAUUAUUUUCUGUGAAUAUUUCAGGCCGCCAUCUCUGAGAUAAGGGAUCUUGAAAGCAUAGUCAACGAAUUCCUGUCUUCACUAAAUGAUCAGUGGUUUCUAAAUAUAAUUAAAUGUCUACUACGUGCCCAAA